CCAAACUUAGAUAUAAUUGAUUUCUCAUGGUCACGCCCCCAUCCCACUAGCAAUAAAUAGGAAAGUGUCGCCCUGUCAGAUACAACUUCAAUAUCAGUCUCUGCGGCUCCUGUGCAACUACAACUCACAAUGAGAUCUGCUGUGGGAUUCCUGUGCCUGCUCUCAGCUCUUGUAUCCACAGGUUAUUCUCUGUCCUGUAUAGAAUGUUCUGCUUACAAUUCAGCCUCUUGCUCAGGUCCUAGUGUCCCAUGUGCAUCCGGUCUUUGUGCUUCUUCAUUCAUCCAAGAAUCCAGUCCAGUUGGAAGCAUUAUGCAGAUUAAGAGAUUUUGUGCGGCUAAAACACAAUGCGGUGAGACUGGCAGCGCCACCUAUGGGUAUGUCCGGAGACACAUGAUUAACAGCUGCUGCGACACUGACGACUGCACCCCAGAGGUACCCAAAUUCGUGAGAGACUACAAGCCGAAUGGAUUCCGUUGCACCAACUGUUUCCCUCCAAACUCAGAGGAAUGUGACCCGGCGAAGCGUAUCGGGUGUAGCGGGGGUGAAGACAAGUGUUUCAUCCAUUUAUUUCAGCAUAAUGGGAUCGAUACUGAAUUUGCUUUCAGGAUUGGAGGUUGUGCCACUGAAUCCAUGUGCCAGCCUGAUAAGUUCAGUGAGUACAGCUAUGAAGAGGUCUCUACCACCUGCACCCAGGCAACCCAGUGACUCCCGUAGCCGUAUGGAGUUUGGAGGAGCUUUUUCUAUGGGGCGUCUAACCUCCCUGCCAAAAAUAAUCCUUAUUGAUUCAUUGAAUUAUUAUUUCUUUUGCUAAAUCUCUAAUUGCAGGACACCAGGAAAGGCACCAAUCAUAUCUUAUUGUAGUACAAGUAAAGGACAUAUUAUCCACAGAAAUUGCUCUAAAAUCUGGCAGUGCUAUUUACUGUUUGGAAGCACCUGAUUGGAUGUUAUGGGUCAUAUUAAGGCAGUUGGGAGACAACUCACGAUCUCACUAUAAAGUUGUCUGAUGUCACAGAGACCCGUUGCCUACACGUUGCAUAAGGUUCCUACAGCAAUUACUUGGUGGGGAAUUAGCCAAUAAGAAUGAAGUUUGAAAAUGAUCAACUGUCCAGGACUCACAUAUAAAGUCGUAGCAACAGUCCUAGUCAUGUGUAUCAGACUGGAUAUGAAAUCUCUAAUUGUGCCUUUCCUUGUGUCCCAUUUUUCUUUUUUUGUAACCUAAUAUGUAAAAUGCGCUACUACCUAAACAUAAUAAGCAGAAGUAAAAUAAAAUUGAAAUUUUUAAGCAGAA